AUGCCAGCAUUCGACGGAGCAGGGUGGUUCAGCGGCGUCAAAAUCAUAAAGUGCAAGGAUGAUCCCACGCUCACAUGGCUAAAGGAAGCGGUAAAAACGCUUCACGCCCUGUGGGAGGGGGCAUCACUGGAAAUCGUUGAUCGCAGCUGCAUUCCCUCAAUACCGAAGGCAAAGGUUUUCAUUCCGCGAGUGGUAAAACCGGAAUAUGCGCUACGACUGCUACAACGUCAAAACACGGACGUACCAACAGACAAUUGGAAAGUGUUGAGCGUGGCAAAACCACCAACUGCUGAUGGUGGCCAGGAUUACAUUAUCCUAAUCUAA